CUGCUCAUCUUUGGUCACCAUCAUCACUGCCUACUGCCAAACUUUGUCCUGUUUCGGCACAACACCCUCCUCUCCUUCCUUCAUUUAACCCUCGGUUCUUCACCACUCUCCAACCCACCACUUUCUCUCACAUAACUCUCAGUUCCUCGCGCUUUUCUGGAAACAAAUACCUGAAUACCUGAUCCAUCUCUAAGCUUUACCCAGGAAUCAUUCCACUUCCACCAAUUACUGCCAACUUCCCACCCCAACCAAACUACACUCACUCCUCCUCCACUCUUCUCUAAUCCUUCCCCCAAAACCUUCAAACCCCAACAAUGGAACCUACCUUUCAUCUCUCCUCCACCACCAACACCAACACCCAUUCUUUCUUUCUCUGCAUGAUAUAGAUAUAUAUAAAUAUAUCUAUAUUAUAUGCAACCAAACCCUUUUCGCUUUUCCAGUUACUAUCACUACUACACAUCGUCACUAUCAAUAUUAUUAUAAAACCAAAACCCUAGUCUUUCCUACAACAACCACCCCAAGAUCUAAAGCAGAUCCGAGGGUUUAAACCAAAAAACUCUUGCCGGAUACAUCAGAUCAGAUCCAUGGAUUUGGUUUCGGAAUCGGCCAUCGUUGUAAGCCCCAGGUACAAGAUGGAGACCCCCACCACCAAUCCUACCGCUGGAACCUCCGCAGUCUCGUCUCCUUCUUCCGGAAGCAACAGUGGCAGCUCCACUCCCAGCCGUUACGAGAACCAAAAGCGCCGAGACUGGAACACUUUCUGCCAGUACCUAAGGAACCACCGUCCACCACUCUCGCUUGCCCUGUGCAGCGGCGCGCACGUGCUCGAAUUCCUCCACUACCUCGACCAGUUCGGGAAGACCAAGGUUCACAACCACCCUUGCCCGUUCUUCGGCCUUCCCAACCCUCCUGCGCCGUGUCCCUGCCCUCUCCGCCAAGCGUGGGGCAGCCUCGAUGCCCUCAUCGGCCGCCUCCGCGCCGCCUACGAGGAAAACGGCGGCCGCCCGGAGUCCAACCCCUUCGGUGCACGCGCCGUCAGGAAUUACCUGCGUGACGUUCGUGAUUUUCAGGCGAAGGCGAGAGGUGUGAGCUACGAGAAGAAAAGGAAGAGGCCGAAGCCGAAGCUCACUCCCGCUCCUACUUAGGCAGCCACCUUGAAAGAGAAGCUUUGCUAGCAAUGUUUCACCACAGGUGCUUUUGUCUCUUCGAAGACGUGCUUCGUCCUCUAGAUUGUUGAGAUGAUGCCCUUGAAAUUGUUCUUCUCGCUUCUUGAGUCGGGGGAUGUUCAGAGCCACGACCUCUCUCUGCGUCAACUACUACUAGAAGAUAUCUUAUCAUAUUUGUACUCAAGUUAAUAUUAUAUAGAUAUAAAUAUAUCUCAGUCGUCA